CCUGGCCAUUCUGGGAAUGAUAGCAUCCUUGACAAUUUGAUCCCCUUUUUUCAGACAGAGAACAGGGUCCUCAAACAAAAUCUGCAUCUUUCCUGGCCCCUGUCAUAUUCUGUCAACCAAUUUUCCCUUUCUCCCGGCUGGAAACUGGAAAAGUUUAGUCAGAAGCUAAAGGACUGAUGAGGUUCAGACGUCGGCCACGAUGAUCGAGUCCGAGAACUUGCGUACAGCGUCGCUGUAUAUCAACAACCAGCUGUUGUCCCGGGGACUUCUGCGCGAUGGCAACAGCAUCGAUUUUACACAUCCCGGCGACAGCGAUGCCGAGGUCGCCGAGACCAUGAGCCGAAUCAUCGGCGUAGUCAACGACCUGAUUCUCAGACGAGAUCGCGAUGCCGAGCACCGGGAAUCGCUUUCAGCCACCCUGCGAGCCCUUCGCGCCGAGUCGUUGCGACAGACCAACGACAUCCAGAGACUACAGGAAAAGCACGCCGAGGCGCAGCGCAAGGUCGGGCUCAGCGAGGCUGCAGAAGCUGCUCUGCGGACACAUCUCAAAACAGCAGAAGCCACGAUACACCGCUUGAAGGAGGAGGCUGCACGAACAAAAACACUCGUCGCCCAAACAAGAGCGGCCUGUGCAAAUGAGGUGCGCAAGCGGGAUCGCCAGAUUGAAGGCCUCAAGAAGGCCGUCACAGAGGCUGGCCGCGCGAGAGGCGCCAGCAAAAACCCCGGCAUCACUACUAUCACGGUAGUCGGCGACGUUGGGUCAGACACCGGCCCAGGGCUGCCCACAGGUGGCACGGCGAACGAGGGCUACGACUUGCGUAUGGAAACGAACUCGUUUCUGGCCGAGCUGGCCAAGGGUCUUAGCGAGGAGAACGAGGCUCUCCUCCAUCUGGUCAGGAGGACGAUGGAGCAGCUAAAAGAGAUGAGCGGCUGGGAUGCCGGUAUCGGGGCUACGGCCGAGAAUGGAUAUGGCCAUGCCCUUGCGCUGCCAUCGAGCUGCGCCGAAAUAUCAAACGAAGUCGAUGCCGUGCUCGAACAUCUCCGCACCAUUCUGACGAACCCAUCGUUUGUUCCCAUCGAGGAGGUGGUUGUGCGAGAAGACGAGAUCCACAGGCUGCGCGACGGUUGGGAGAAGAUGGAGACGCGAUGGAAGGAGGCCGUCCAUCUCAUCGAUGGGUGGCGCAAGCGGAUGCAGGCCAGCGGACGGCCAGUCAACGUCGAGGAGCUGAAAAUGGGCCUGCGACUCAGCCCAGUAAAGGUGCAUAAUGUCGAGGAAACCUCUCAAGGAUACCGCCUUUGCUUGGCGGCUGUGCCCGAGGAUGCUGAGGAAGCCGAGUUUGAGCAAGCGCCCUCUCAAGAGGAGCCACUCAACCUGGUCCCGGAGCACGACAUUGAGGAUGGCGAGGAAAGCGAUGCCUCGAGCAUAUUCCAAGACCACGUAAACGUGGACGACCUAGAUGUGGAAGAGCCAAACGUCCAGAUUCUCCAGCAGUCCGUCAUGCUCUCCUCACCACCCUUACCCCCGGCUCCGCAAAUCAGCCCCCUGCGUGAUUCUUACACGGCAGGUAACAGAGGUGGACGUUCAGAUAACAGACGCCGGCAAAGAGGCUACCCUGCUAUCGCCGAAGAAGAUGCGUUUGACCUCGCGCCCGAGGAGGCCUCAUUACCCCCUCCCAAUGCUCCGGAGAAACCACAACAACCACCGCAAAAGAAGCCGGUGCUAUCACUACGCACGGUGCCACCGGAGGAAGCUGCCGAGAUACCCCUGCCGCAAUCUGCGGUUGUCUCGACGCCGGACACGUCGAUUGACAGCGUAUCUCUCGUCAAACCCACAGAGGAACCACCGCCUAAGGCCUCGGCGACUUCCACAAGGAGUCAAAAACGGCCGUCUCCCGUAACAAGAAAGAAAAGCCACGAAGAAUCCAAGGUUUCAUCCAAGCUCCCAUCGAAACCGCCAUCAAAAUCACGGCCUGCCGGUCCAACCCACACACGAGGCCGGUCGCAGACCCGUAGGGACGAGCGGGACACACAACAACAACAACAAGCCGCCGCCAAACCGCCACCGUUAACCCGGUCGGCCGCCUCAACUUCGACUACAUGCUCAGCCAAAUCCGCCGCCUCCACUACUACAUCCACCAAAUCCGCCGGCAGCAACAGCAGCAGCAGCAAGAACACAGAUGCCACCACCACCACCACCAGCACGACCAUGGGGCCUCCGCCCGCACCGUCGCCGAGCCGCUCGCCGUGGCGGGUCAACUCACGCCUACCACUGCCCCGAAACGGGAACGGUGGCAACGGCAACGGCAACAGCAUCGGAAACGGGAACUGCCCGCUGCCGCCGCCACAACAGUCGCCCCUGACCAUGGCGACCAUCGCCGCCAAGCUGGCCGCGUCGGAGCGCGAGGCCGAUGCCGCGCGCGUCAGGGCCAAGCUCAAGGCUGCGGCGGCGAGGCGGAAUAAUAAUAAUAAUAACAGUAACAAGGGUGUUAGUGCUAGUGUCAGCGUCAAUGGUGUGUCUUCUGGGGUUGGGGUGAUGACUGCCGCGAGUACUACUACUACUAUUACUGCCGCGGAUAGUGCAAGGGCCGAUGAUCAUGAUUCCGAGGGUGGUGGCAUGGCGGGUACCGCUAGGUCGGAAGGUGCGCCUGCUGUAGGACUCGGAACGAAUCUGUUCAUGGAUAUGUCUGUGCAGCAACAGCAGCAGCAGCAGGAGGAGGUGGUCGGAGGAGAGGUUGGCAGCAAAAAGCAGCGCGGCGCCGGGGUCAGGAGGAGAGACCGAGACCCGGCCGACGCGGCUCGGUCCAGCAAGACUGCCGCCCGCAGGAGAAGCACCCUCAACUCGUGGGAACUGAGUGCCCUGAUUCAGGGCGGGAAUGUUACUGUCGGGAGGUAA